AGCCAUUUAGGUCUGUACUUGUUAUGUAAAAACACAACAAAACCAGCCAGUGAAAUUUAUAAAUCAAAACAAUGAAUAUCACAACACGUCGUUUGUUGACUGGUAAAUAUUUAUAUCCAACAUUAGUCCACGCAAUGAGUACUGAGGUAGCUGUUGGAGGACCGGUAGAAAAGGCUAUUGUAACAACACUGACGUCCAACUUACAACCGGUACAUUUGCAAGUAGUUAAUGAAUCCUACAUGCACAAUGUGCCCAAAGGAUCAGAGACUCACUUUAAGGUGUUGGUCGUAUCUGACAAAUUUGAAGAAUUGCCUUUGAUUAAGAGGCAUCGGUUGGUUAAUAAUUUACUGAAGGAAAAGUUGUGCGACCUCUUUCCCCAUGCCUUAUCGAUUGAAGCCAAAACUCCAAAACAAUGGACACCUUCCUAUACUAUAGAGCCCAGCCCGAAUUGCCGCGGAGGUUUUGGCAAAUAAAUGAAAGUCAUAAUCAAAUCUUGACCAUUUUCCCCAGGAAAUUAUAUUUUGCAAAUAAACAUACAUACGUAAUAGCUCAAUAUAUAUAGGUAUAUAGUUAAUAAUAAAUAUCUUUUAGUUUUGUUUCGUCUUCUAAA